AUGUCUCAGUCCGUCCUCAUCCUCGGCUCCGGCUUCGUCGCCACUCCCGCCGUUGAGGUCCUCUCCAAGGCCGGCAUCCACGUCACUGUCGCCUGCCGCACGUUGGCCACGGCCCAGGCCCUCGCCGGCAGCUACGCCCACACAAAGGCCGUGAGCCUCGACGUCAACGACACCGCCGCCCUCGAGGCCGCCGUCGCCGCCCACGACCUGACCGUCUCCCUCAUCCCCUACACCUUCCACGCCGUCGUCAUCAAGGCCGCCAUCAAGGCCAAGAAGCACGUCGUCACCACCUCGUACGUCUCGCCUGCCAUGAUGGAGCUCGACGCCGAGGCCAAGGCCGCCGGCAUCACCGUCAUGAACGAGAUCGGCCUCGACCCGGGUAUCGACCAUCUCUACGCCGUCGACCUCAUCGAGCGCGUCCACAAGGCUGGCGGCAAGAUUCUCUCCUUCAAGAGCUUCUGCGGCGGCUUGACCGCCCCCGAGAACUCGGACAACCCGCUCGGCUACAAGUUUAGCUGGAGCUCCCGUGGUGUCCUGCUCGCCCUCAAGAAUAACGCCAAGUAUGUCGAGGACGGCAAGAUUGUCGAGGUCUCGGGCCUCGACCUCAUGGACACUGCCAAGACCUACCAUACCGGCUUCACCGGCUUCAACUUUGUCGCCUACGGUAACCGUGAUAGCUCCGGCUACCUUGAGCGCUACCACAUCCCCGAGGCCCAGACCUGCGUCCGGGGUACUCUUCGCUACGCCGGCUUCCCCCCGUUCAUCAAGACCCUCGUCGACAUUGGCUUCCUCGACGAUCAACCCAAGGACUUCCUCAAAGAGGCCAUCCCCUGGAACGAGGCUCUCGCCAAGGUGUCUGGUGCCAAGUCCGCCAGCGAGGAUGACCUGGUCGCCGCCAUUUCCGCCAAGGCUACUACCUUCAAGACCGCCGAGGUCAAGAGCCAACUCAUCAAGGACCUCAAGUGGCUCGGAAUCUUCUCCACCACAAAGAUCACUCCCCGCGGCAACCCUCUUGACACCCUUUGCGCUACUCUCGAGGACAAGAUGACCUUCCAGGAGGGUGAGCGUGACAUGGUUUUCCUGCAACACAUGUUCGAGGUCGAGAACAAGGAUGGCAGCAAGAACACCAUCUCUUCCACCCUUUGCGAGUACGGCGCUCCCAUCGGCUCCGGUGGACCCUCCGCCAUGGCCAAGCUCGUCGGUAUUCCGGGAGCUGUCGCUGUCCAGCAGGUUCUGAACGGCACCAUCUCCGAGCGCGGCAUCCUUGCUCCUAUGAACACUAAGCUGAACACUCCCAUCAUGAAGGAGCUCGACGAGAAAUACGGCAUCAAAUGCACUGAGAAGAUUCUCAACUAA